GACACACUUGUGUGGAAUAUAAGGGCUUUGCCAGAUCUCUUAUUUAUUUCCCCCAAACCCCAACCCAACCAGUGUUACUGCAAUAUAAACUUCUUCCAUUCUUCAAUUCUCCCUCUUCCGUUCCGAUGGCCAUGGCUAAAACCUUGCCCUGUCAUGAUCUCACUCACCUCUCCGAUUUCGAUGCCUUACUCUCCGCAGACGAUUACAUCUCCAUUUGCGGUUAUGGUUCCCUUCUCUCCGAGAGAAGUGCCAGAAGCACUUUUCCCAACCUCGUUAACUUCCGAAUCGCCCGCUUAACCGGAUUCCGCCGUCUCUUUAAUUCCGUUGGAGCCAUCUUUUUCACUCAUGGUGUUGCCAAUAUCAAAACUGAGGAAAUUGCCGGGCUAUCUGUUGAGCCAUGUGAAGGUGAAACCAUUAUUUUAGUUGUUUUUGAGAUAAAGAAAACAGAGAUUCCAGCAUUCAUCGAAAGGGAACGCGCAUAUCGGUUUUUAGCUGUUGUUCCUGAAUCACUGGAUGGAAAGCCCUUUACCAAUCCUGCUGUUCUCUGUGCUUCUUACAGUGAUGAGGAGUUCUUUAAAUUUAAAUGCACUGAGGGCAGGGAAAAAUAUUUUGAACGGUAUGGAAAGUAUAAGAUCCAUAAGAUCUGGCGGGAUGAUGUUUUGCCAUGCCGUGUUUAUCUUCGUCACUGUGCCCUUGGUGCGAAAAGCCUUGGUGAAGAAGUGUACAAUAACUUUCUGGAUCAUACCUUCCUUGGUGAUCGUAAAACAACCAUACGUCAGUACUUUGAAAAGGCGGGUUCAAAAAUAAUGGAAGAAGAGCCACCUGAGUCUUUGAAAACCCGUUAUGGUGGUUGAUGUUUUUUUAGAUCAAACCAAUUUCACUGCUGUUCCAAAAUCUAGGAUGAAGAUAUAUUAAUAAAUUCAUAUGGGAGCAGAUGUUUAUUAGAAUAAUAUUUGUCUACUGUGAAUUUAAGCUACUGUUUCACUGCAUUAGUUUUACAAUACCUCCUGUUAUAUCUCUUGUAAUACCAAACUUUGUAUAUAAUAAACAGUAGACUUUACUU